AGAAAAGUAAAUUUUUUUGGUAAUAAAUUCAUAAUGUGUUAUCUGAUGAAAUCUUCUGCCACAGAGUUCCUGGCCAUCUAAAAAUCAGAUGAUUUCAGGCAGAAUUUAUGCUAAAUGGAUGCAAAAAUGACUGAACAGUGAACAAAAAAACUUUCUAAAACUUGAUGUUUCAUUACAUGUUUUGUAGCAUUGUCUGUGGGUUUACAGAGGGGGUCCCCAGCCACAGGUUAAUACUCUUUGGAGGGGGAAGUUUGGGAAGCCCUGUGCUAAAUAACUUAAAGUAUCAAAAACUGAGCUUUAUAUUUAUUUAUGGGAGCAAAAAAUAAAAAAUAAAAAAUAAGCAAUUUUUCUAUGGGAAAUAUUUAGUAUUUUGCCAAAAAUACCGUUGGAGCAGAAAAAAUGAGACAUGAUGAAUUUUACUUUUUAAUGUCAUAAAACAACUGGGGUAAAAAAGUAACUUUUAAUUGUGCAGCAGCAGAUGAAGUGGAAUCCUGCCUAAAAGCCUAGUUGAUAUUCAUGUCAUUCAGCUCCAGCUGUCAUUUCUCAGACACGAAGUAUGAUCUUUAAAUGGACUUUCUGCUGCAGUCACCUCAGUGAGCUGCUGCUUUAUGGAGCGGAGAGGUGGGGCUUCACAUGGAUACGCCCUCCGCAGCCCACUGACGCUAACAGGGUGUCAUAGUGGAAGUGGGUGAAGUGAUGCGUGAAGCUGAUGGAAAUGGAGGAUAAGGGAGUCGGGCGUCCCGAGGUCUUCCAUCAGAACGACAGGAGAGCCAUCACAGCAACAGAGACCCGGGUCGGCUCAGAACAUGAGGCUGUCAUCGGGCUGGACGACGCUGAUUUACCUGCUGCUCCAUGGAGCUGCUACCGUCUGCACAGUUAAAAAGCCGCCCAGUAGCCCUGGAAGGUUUGCCAACGCCACCUUGGUGCGGCUGGCUGACUUCCUGAGCGCUGGAUAUAAGAAAGGAGUGAGACCUGUGAAGGACUGGAGGACGUCUACUAUCGUUGCCAUAGACCUCAUGGUUUACUCCAUCCUCAAUGUGGACGAGAAGAACCAGGUUUUGACGACGUAUGUGUGGUACAGGCAGUCGUGGACGGAUGAGUUCCUGGUGUGGAACCCGGAGGACUUUGAUGAAGUCAAGCAAGUCUCCCUGCCUACGGCUAACGUCUGGGUUCCUGACAUUCUCAUCAACGAGUUCGUCGAUGUGGGGAAGUCUCCAGAUAUUCCUUACGUCUACGUUACACAUGAGGGUCUGGUGCAGAACUACAAGCCCAUCCAGGUCGUCACCGCCUGCACACUCAACAUCUACAACUUCCCGUUUGACGUCCAGAAAUGCAGCCUCACCUUCCAGAGCUGGCUCCACACCAUCGACGACAUCAACAUCACCCUGAUGCGAAGCCCCGAGAAGCUCCGGGACGACAAGAGCGUCUUCAUGAACCAGGGAGAGUGGGAGCUGCUGCACAUCCUGUCCAAUUACAAGAUCUUCAGCGUGGACAACGACGACUACUACGCAGAGAUGAAGUUCCAUGUGGUGAUCCGACGGCGGCCGCUGUUUUACACGGUGAACCUGCUGCUGCCCAGCGUCUUCCUGAUGGUGAUGGACAUCGUUGGUUUCUUUCUGCCUCCAGACAGCGGAGAGAGAGUUUCCUUUAAGAUCACUUUGCUGCUCGGCUACUCGGUCUUCCUCAUCAUCGUGUCUGACACUCUGCCUGCCACGGCCAUCGGAACGCCGCUGAUAGGUGUGUACUUCGUGGUCUGCAUGGCUCUCCUGGUGAUCAGCCUAACAGAAACCGUACUGAUUGUUCGUCUGGUCCACAAGCAGGAUCUGCAGCCACCCGUCCCCCACUGGGUGAAGUACCUGGUCCUGGAAAGAGCUCCGGUUCUCUUCUGCAUCCACAAAAAGCACCGCUUCUGUGCGAGGCUGUCGUCUCAGGCUUCAGAGCUGGACCACUCCAAGGAAAACAACUACGGGACGGCCCAGUGCUCCCUCCACCACACCUGUGAGAUAGGCCAGAGGCUCAGCCAGCAAGACAGAGAGGGUGGAAUGCUUGGACUUCGCCUGGCCCCAUCCAGGGACAACACUCCGCCCGUCAUGGACAACAUCCUCCAAGAGGUGACGGCCAUUCGGCAGUUCCUGGAGAAGAGGGACCGGUGUCGGGAAAUCGCCAAGGAGUGGCUCCAGGUUGGCUACGUGCUGGACGUGCUGCUCUUCAGAGUCUACCUAGUGGCCGUGAUCGCCUACAGCAUCACACUGGGCACUCUGUGGUCGGUCUGGCAGGUGGCCUGAGUUUCGCCCCUCCACCCAGUCAGCGUAGGUCAACCACAAAUAAGUAUAUCAAGUGUAAGUGGCUGAAGCUCAUCGAAUAAAGGAGGCAUUCAUGAAUAGAGAAAUAACUCCUCUAGAUGAGGCCACCAUGUAAAUUCAGAGGACGAGACAGUAAAAUGUCCUCGUAAACAUUAUAAUGUAGGCCUAAUCUAGUAGUUUGAAGGCAUAUGACUCAAAAGUAACAAGAGGGGCUUCAUCAGGAGGAACACAAAGGCUUUCUGAGACGAUCCAAAGGCACAUUGGCAUUCUGUCCCAAACUGUUUUAGGUGCAGUUAAUACGCAUCAUUACAGGGGAUAAAACGGGGACAUUAGUGAAGCCAAGGCUAAGUUUUAUGCCAGAUAUCUACUGAGUUGAAGAAACUAGGAAAUGAAAACCAAUAAUCUGAAGAUGAGAAAUGAUAAUAAACUUGGUUACCAAAUAAGAAAAUAUAUAAGAAAAAUCUAUAAAUAUAUAAAUGGACGCUUUAUUGCUACACAAUUAAUGACUUAAUAUAUGUAAAUUGCUAACAAAUUCUUUAGGACUGCUUUUUGCAUUUAGCUUUUCCUGUACCUGAAACUUAGGAAAUGUGAAGUGGGACAGUUUUUUGGAGAGCUACACAUUAACGCUGUUGACACAAAGUUUCUUAUCUCUCCACAUGAAACAUAAAACAAAACAAAAAAACCCCUGACAGCUUUAAUGUUACUUGCAGAUUUAAAGCAGUUUAAGAUUCAGCAGUUUCUGGUUCUGCUUGUCUCCCAGAGCGGCGGACAGAAAGUUACAAAUACCCAAUAAACUGGCAUUUAUAUAUCAAAAGUUAGCUAGUCUCUGCAUAUUAGCUAAAUUUAGCUAAUGCUAGGAUAUAAGUUUAUGUUAGCUCGCUAGCAUUGGCUAAUCUUGUAAUCUGAGCUAACUCGUAGAAAGCCAAAUCCUGACUUUUACGUUCUCGUCUGAUUUUAAUGUAUAUUUUACAUUGACUGAUGCUGGAAAAUACAACUUGGCUGACACAGUGUGCUACAGCAAGACAGUAACAAUUAUUUUAUUUUACUUUUUUCCAGUGCAACAUUGUGCACAUACAUUUUGGUUGUGUUUUUGUGCCAACGGAAAAAUAAUGCUGUCUGUAAUGACCGAAAGAA